UUCGAAUCACUAGCGUCGUCAAUAUGGAAAUGAAAUGCAUGACAACCGCUAAGUGAAACAACUAGGAAAUAAAUAAGUAACAAAAAGUGUUUUCAAAUUAAACUUCCUGAACACGAUGUCCUCUGGACGCGGUCGCGGAUACACUGGGCGGCAUCACUUACCUCAGAAGGAAACUCGUCCUGGUGAGGACUUAGACGAUAUCAAAGCCGCUUGGACCCUAGCAGAACUUAGUCCUAGGUCUACAGACACUAAAAAAAUGAUGGAACAAAGCGACGUCGAAGAGAAACCUGUUCAGGAUAAAAUUGACAAAUUGAAACAGGAUGACGAAGCCUUAGCUGACAUUUUAUACGUGGAUGAACAGUUUGCUCCGCUGUUGGUUCUGCUGGAACAGUUUGCACCUGGUGAGGAUGGCAUACAGUUUAACAGAAAAUUAAGACAAUUUGAAAAUACAAUCACUAACAUGUGCCCUGAUGAAGCUCGGUUACUUCAAGCGUUCGCUACGUUCCGGGCAGCGGCCUUACAGAGCUCGGUGACGUCCAGAAAGCUGGCAGCCAUUGGGGCUUCAUUUACAAGGCAACAACGCCAACAGUUACUGAGAGCCACUCUGCUAAAUGUGAUGCAGGGAACCUAUACUAAAUUGGAUGUUUUGGAGCGAUCAAAUCCAAUAUAUUUGAUAAAUGCAGCUAACUUGAUGGGCGAUUAUUUUGCAGAGGCUCGGUUGUGCAAUGGAAAUAAAAUACACAUUCUAGCCAAUCCGCUCCUACAGUACAUGAGGGCUUUGCUUGCAAGUGAUGACUUGAGGGCUCACCGCAGUCUUGCCACACAGCUGAUGCAAAAUGGCAGAGAACUACUAUCAAUCCACGAUGAGAAGCUAGAUGAACUAUCAAUUUCUAUAAGACUGCGAUUAUUGACGCCGCCACCAGUUAGCAUAAUAUGGCUGUUACUAUCAGCAGAUUUAUGUCUGAACAAAUUCCUACCGCUACCCAACACUCUCCAACAAUUCUAUGCGUCACACUUAGAUCUCACAACUGAUGAAAGUUUUAGCGAAGUUUCAUAUGGUUCUUGGAAGAAAAAAGUUGACUAUAGGUCAGACAUUAGUGGGGAUACGGAAAAAGUUAGUCAAAAUCUAUCCCAGAUUAGCCUAAAUCACGAUGAGGAUACUAAACCUAAGUUAAGACCGAUACUCGGAGCCGGAGCAGGGCUUCUGAGACAAGAACAAAUGGCUCAAGAUAACUUUGACACGUGGACAACAAAGAACAAUCUAACGAAGAGAUAUGACCUAAAUUCCUGGCGGCAAACAGAAGAAGAUAUAAAGCAGGAGACGGAACCAGUUUUCAAUCCCACCGUUUUACCCCCAAACAUCCAAAACUACGACUACCCCCCACCUAAUUAUAAUUAUCAAGAAAAUGAUACUAAUUAUUUACAACAAGGCGACGGUGCAUAUAUACAGAGUUUUAAUUCUACACCAAAUUUUAAUGCACCGGAGUUUGUUCCGCAAUAUUCUGCCGAAAGACCGAACCUGAACCCAGAAAGAGUGAACAAUGAGGUUCAGAAAACUAGCAGUAGGAGACCAGUUGAAAACUGGCGUAGAGAAAAAAGUGAUUUGAAAGAAGAUUCAAAUAAAAAUAAAAAGAACUGGACAAGGCAACAUUCUCAAGAUAACAUAAACGAUGAGAACGACAAAGAAGAUAAAUUCCGUUCAGCAUCCCGCAGUUCUAGAGAAUCUAGACAGUCCAAUCCGAGACUUAAUAGACGGAAUAGUAACGAUAUGGAUUCUAAAACCCCUCCGAGGAGGCAUGUUACCGAAGUGCCUCGGAAUCAAAAGUAUUGGGAUCAUGAUGAUCGCUGCGACAAAGAUUACAACAGUUAGUGAUAAUACUGUGUGAAAUUACGUUAAAAUUGUGCUUGUGAUCUCACUAUUUCGGACUAAAAUCUACAUCAGUGAGCGUAGAAACAUUUUAGUUGUAAAAUUUUAUAAGAAUUUGCAAAUUAACUGAUCGAUAGACGUAUAGUAAAUCGCUAGUAAGUAGUCAUGUGCCGCCAUUUGUAGAGAGAGGUAAUUUCUACCUCACUAUGCACAAAAUAACUAUUGAUAAGGUAACGGAAAAAACCGGAUUAAAAUGCAUAAUAAGUAAUAGCUGUAACUAUUAAAUGGGAAUAACUUUAAAAUUAAGACAUUUAAUUCGAAUAUGAAACAUUUAUUAAAAUAAUAAAUUGUGCUUGGAAUAAUAUUACAAAUGGAAUACCAGUAACUGACACAAUCCAUAAAAUUGUGAAAAUCAAAAUUUAUAUUACCAAAUUACACGUGUCAAUGUGUUCAAUUUUAAUGUCUAUUUAAAUUUUAAUGUAAGAUUUGUUAUUUUAAAGUUACUCAAAUUUCAACUUUUCUUUGAAAUUUAUCUUUUCUUCACUCCUUUCUUUGUGAUUUAUUGAUAAAAAUGUAAACAUCCAAACCUCAUAUGCAAAGUAUGUUACUUGUGCUGUGAGACACUUUAAUCACAGCUAAAUUAAAACUAAAUAGCAUAUUUGAAA